AUGGUUGGCAUCCCCCUUCAUCCAGAUGCACAGCAAACCCCCCAGCAGAGACUGGCCAACGAAAAGUUCGCAAAGCGAGAGGCCGCCAAGCGUGGUAAAGCCGACACCGAGCGCAAGACCUACGAGAAGGUCGGAAAGAACCCAAUAUCUCCAAUCUGGUUCGCCCUCCUUGGCUUUGUCGUCUUCGGUGGAUUGCUAUUUGAGCUAGUGCGAAUGAUCCUCAAAUACUAG